GAAGGGAAAUGGCGGAUACAGUCGAAGGAUGGAAAAGUAGUAUUUAAGUUUGCUUCAGUGGUAGAGCGCCACUAAAGCUGGACUUAUCAGAGAGCAUGAGCUGUUGUUAAGGGACAGAAAGAGAACAUAACCUUGCUUGAGUUUUAUUCUCCUCCCGUAUCACGAUAAUAGUGUGUGAGCACAGACUGCAGUACUGAAGACCCGUAUGUAUUGAGAGAGAAGCCGUGGAGCGGUGAAGAAAUACUCAGUGCAUAAUAGAAAAUCACUACGUUCAACAUAGGAGAAGUAGUUAGACUAGAAAGGUAUCCAAAACUGAAGAUGACUAACAACUACCGACAUAAAAACAUCUCCUGGUGCUAUAUGUGUGAACUAAUUUACGUGUUUUUUCUGGUUGCCUAUAUUUUAACAGUCGUGUCUGAAUCUGCAGCGGUCAGUGUAGUCACUUCUUUUCCACCUACACGUGCUCCAAAAUGCGAUCGCUUGUUCGUCAGUAACAGUGUAGACACAAAGAAUGGAACUUUCGAAUCGCCAGUCGUAUCAAAUCUCAUGAACCACUCUCGUCAGUGUAUCUACGUUUUCAUAGCGGCUGAGGACGAAAGGGUUAAAAUAACAUUUAACAAGUUUAACCUUCGAGGAGCGCCACCCGAAUGCAAUCACGAAUUUAUUGAUUUAUACACGGAGAUCGACGAUCCUGUAAAGGAACUUAUUGAAACCCCCUUUGGAGGGCGUUACUGUGGCAAGACGUUACCACGUACCCGUAUCUCUAUGUACCAAACACUUACCAUCAGUUUCUAUAGUGAUGCCAGUACGGUAACACCAAAUGCUUUCCAAGGAACGUACGAGUUUGUUAAUGCUUCCAAGUAUUCAAUCGGAACACCAGCACCCAGCUCUAUAUGUACUUUUACAGUAUAUCACGACAGAAAAAAAGAAGGACUUUUUGUUUCUCCAACUUACCCUGGGGUAUAUCCUAAAAACCUCCACUGCCAAUAUCGCUUUCUUGGCAGAGCAGGUCAAAGAGUUCGACUUGAAUUUAUGGACUUUGACUUGUUCUACGGAGGCCCUCACUGCCCCUUCGACCACGUGAAGGUAUUUGAUGGCAAAACGAAAAAUGAUCCACUGAUUGGGACUUACUGCGGGCAGAGGCGUAAUCUCAUGGUAUAUUCGUCCGCCGAGAAUCUGUAUGUGGAGUUUAAUACGUUGAGAAGAACAGCCGAUACUCAGAACCGCGGGUUUUCUGGAUUCUUUGAAUUUAGCGAAGGUUUUGUGAAUCUAGCUUUCAUAGGAAAGUAUGAUGCUCAACACAUUAGAGGGACAGAAUGUGAUCAGAAAAUACUAAGUAAGCAGGAAUCUAACGGAACAGUCUUCUCUCCUAACUGGCCAUUUCUCUACUACGCUAACAUUGUUUGUCGUUACUAUAUCUAUGGCAUGAAGGACGCCCAGUACUUGGAGAAAGUCAGGCUGGAGUUUGACAAGUUUGAAAUCCCUAGCAAGGACGAGGAGUGUAACGAGGCCUAUCUUAAGCUCUACCUGCAGGGUCAGGAGGAAAGGAAUGCUGUAGACGAAUACGAUCACGUGUUCUGUGGUGAAACGACUCCUCCUACUCUUGUAUCAGAUGGCCCUCGACUCAUGUUGAUAUUUAGUAGUGGUUCUUCUCAAGGGAAAGGAUUUAAAGCAAGAUAUACCUUUGAAACCGAUUAUAGGGUUCCUGGUACUCCAUCUCCUAAUAGAACCUGCCAUUUUAUAUACAAAAGUGAGAGCAGUAAAACUGGCGAUUUCAACUCUCCAAGAUAUCCUUCCAAUUAUCCUUCCAGUCUUUACUGUCAGUAUGUCUUCAAGGGUCUUCCAGGGGAGCAAGUUCAGUUUGUCUUCAACUACUUCAAGACUAAAAGUUCUUUGAUUUCUUCUCACGGGUACAAUGAAAUGUGUACAGAGGACUGGAUUGAAAUAUAUCAAGUGUAUCCUAGCAGUAGAGAAAACAAAUUUGGUAGAUAUUGCUCUAGAACUGCUCCUGGACCUAUAGUCUCUGAUGUGGGCGUACAUGAUAUGAAAGUCAUGCUCAACACAGAUAACAGUGAUGUUGCUAGCGGUUUUAGCGCCACCUACUUAUUCUUCCCGUCAAAGCCCAAAUUCUCUGAUUGUGGAGGAAAUAUCACAGGAACCUCUAAUGGAAUAAUCAUCAGUCCAGGUUUCCCUUCCCCAUACGAACCACACCAACAGAUAUGUAACUGGUACAUUACCGUCCAACAGUUCCACAAAGUUUUGCUAUCGUUUGAUUACUUCUUGAUCGAAGGAGACCCUUUAGAGAGAGGUUGUCCAGGAGCUGUGGUGAGAGUGUGGAGUAACCUAAGCCUACCGCCGAUGGAACUUUGUGGUGAAAGAAUGACAAACCAGACCCAUCAAAUACUCUCGUCCUCAAGUGAGUUAAAACUCCAGUUUGUCACGGCGGACAAAGCGGUCGGUUCUGGGGGGUUUAGAGCCAUUUGGACAGAGGUGAAGGAAGCUGCGACCACGUGUAAAGACUUGCUGUGUGAACGCAGUAGGUUUUGUAUUUCGUCAACUCUCAGAUGUAAUCAAAUAUCCAACUGUGGCUUUGAUGACGACACAGAUGAAAAUAAUUGUACCAAGGAAGUUUCAAUGGACAUAUACCUUGUUGUAGGGUUAAGUGUUGGAGCUGCGGUGUUCUCCAUGUUAGCUUUAUGUGCCGCCUGCCAUCGGAAACGGAAACGAAGAGGUGAUAACGUUCCUGCUUUUGAGCACCGCCCUCAACCACCACGCGAGGCUCCCAGCAUGCAUCUUAUUUCAAUGGAGAGUGUUUGAAAUUAAUGGUUUCAAUUCACAAAAUCAAUGUUUAAAUCCCUACCUGUUAUCAAACGCUUCAUACGAUGGUACUGUUAUCUAGAAGAGUUAACAAUAAAAAUUUUUAUAAAGUACAAGUGAGGAAACGACUUACGUGUUUUACAAUACAUAAACAUUCCGCCAAGAAAUUGAGAAAACAUCACCACGUGUAUAUAUAUACAAAACCUGAGCUUUAGAUAGUGUUAAAGCAAUCUUCGGUUUAAUUUGUUCGAUGCUGGAGAAACUUACUGUUAUACUUUAAGUAGCUCCCUAAUUGUUUCCAAUUGUAUGACGAUGGAUGCUCAAAAUCUGCAUUAUUGUGUAUUUGUUGGCGCCAUUAUACAACAUUAAUUGUGUAUUGUGCUUCAAUAUACAUAACUUUAGUGUCGUACAAUCAGAAAACAUAGCUGAUCUAAUAAGUGUUUCAGAAGCCUGUAAAAUGUUAAACAUUCAGAAUUUCAUUGUCUGAGUAUAUGUCUUUCUUACUAGAACGAGGCUAAGAAAUUAUUAUUAAAGUAAUACUUAAUGAAGAAUAUAAUUUGAAAUUAAAUAAUUCGCAUGCAUAUAUUUUUAUUCUAUUAACUUCUUGUUAUUACUGCAUUCUUCUACUUUAUGUUUUAUAUAUUUUCACAAUAUUAAUUUUAGAAGAAAAAAAAAGUACCAAUAUAAAGCUCUUUAAUUUCUGUUUCAACGUUUAGGAUAUUAGCGGUGACAUUUAUAACACAGUGUAGUGCUAUCAUUUUCUAAUAAUUAAGUAGCGCUUACACUUGAAAAUUUUGGUGAACAAUUAAUAACGAUUACACAUGGAUCACGGGUAUAAAACUGUUAAUGAUCAAACUUGUUCUGUCAUAUAGCAAUAAUAAAAUCCAUGAAAACCAACCAGCGAUUCGGACAAUACAUAAGACGCUGGCUUGUAACCACCUAGUGUUUGAUAAUUAAACCUUUUGCAUUUUUACUUCUCAUAAGUAAAUCUUUCAUAAUAUUACUAACUUCCAGAAAUUUAAGUAAAUACUAACUAAAUAAAUAAAAUUAUGGUGUUUUCUUUUUUAAAAGUGUUCUUCUGUCUUAAAAAGAAUGCUUUAGAAGUAAGUUGACUAAACUUAUCUACAUGUUUUAAAUGUAUGGAGACUGACGUUUCUGCUAUGGUAGAAAACUUAAACAAACACGUAAACUGAUGCAUAAAAACCAACUUUAAAAUCGACAGCUUUGAGCAAAAAAUUAGUUUUCAUGAUGCAGGCAAAAAGUUGAAGUUUCUGACUUGGUUAUUCAGUGAUUGUGUCACAAAAGGUGCCAGAUUGAAAAUGCAAAGUAAAAACACAACAAGUAUUUGUUUUACACAUGUACACGUCCGUUGCGAGUCAAGUUAUUGAAAAGUAAUUUUUCUUCCCUAUAUUGAUAUACAUAAAAACAAAAUAUAAUGCUUGAUUAAAAAUUGAAGUUUUUUCUUGUUCCGUAUUGAACUGUGUCUUUUUCUUCUAAGUGUAUUUACAUACAUGAAAAAAAUAUAUAUACAUACAUAUGUACAUUUAUGGAAUUUGGUUGUUUGCUUCCAAGAGCAAAGCUACAAAAUGAACUAUAUUUGCGGUGCCCACCGCAGGUAUCGAAUUUUUAGCGUUAUAAGCCCUCAAAGCUUCCCGCUGACAAGACAAACAAUGGAUGUUUUACUAUAGUAUUGUGACUACCACCAGCAAGGAUCACAAAACAAAUAAUUCUACUUGUUUUUUAACAAGAACUUUCAAGAUUACAGCAUUGUUUCUACGUGCUAUCGCAAAAUACCUGACAAUAUAAAAUAUGAGGCUCGGCAUGGCCAGGUGGCUUGGGUGCUUGACUCGCAAUCUGAGGGUC